AUGUCCGGUGCAAAGGUGCUGCAGUUUCUGCAGAAUAUUUCACGUAGAAAACCUCUGGAGCCUGAAGGUGAAGUGUCCAACUUUCGCCGGUGUCUGACUACCCUUGAUUUGGUGGCUCUUGGGGUCGGCAGCACACUGGGGGCCGGUGUGUAUGUGCUUUCAGGAGAAGUGGCCAGAGCUGUGGCCGGGCCUAGUAUCAUAAUCUCCUUCCUGAUAGCAGCAGUGGCCUCCAUCUUUGCAGGACUGUGUUAUGCUGAAUUUGGAGCUCGUGUUCCCAAAACUGGCUCUGCUUAUCUCUAUAGCUACGUGACUGUGGGUGAGAUAUGGGCUUUUGUCACAGGCUGGAACCUCCUGCUGUCUUAUGUCAUAGGGACAUCAAGUGUAGCCAGAGCAUGGAGUGGGACCUUUGAUGAUCUCAUUGGAAAUGUCAUUGCCAACUCUUUAGGCAAACAGGUUGCAAUGGAUUUACCUGGAUUGGCUCCCUAUCCAGACUUCUUUGCAGCAGGUAUCAUUAUGCUCUUGGCAGGGAUUCUUGCAUUUGGUGUUAAAGAAUCGGCCACUGUAAAUAAAGUUUUUACAGCAGUUAACAUCUUGGUGUUGCUCUUUGUUAUCCUCUCUGGGUUCAUAAAGGGGGACAUCAACAACUGGUACAGAUAUGAAGACACCCUUCCAAACCACACUGUUUACAGGAACUAUACGACCCUGAAUAAAACCACCACAUAUGGCAGCGGAGGAUUUUUCCCUUUUGGUUUUGAGGGGACAUUAGCAGGAGCAGCCACUUGCUUUUAUGCAUUUGUUGGAUUUGACUGCAUUGCAACAACAGGAGAGGAGGUUCAGAACCCUCAGAAGUCAAUCCCACUCGGGAUUGUGGCGUCUCUCCUUAUCUGCUUCUUGGCUUAUUUUGGUGUGUCUGCCACCCUGACUCUUUUGAUGCCAUACUAUUUGCUCAGCGUUCACAGCCCACUGCCUGUAGCCUUUACAUACAUCGGUUGGGGCCCUGCAAAGUAUGCAGUUGCUGUGGGAUCACUCUGUGCGCUCUCAACAAGCCUUCUAGGAUCAAUGUUCCCAAUGCCUCGUGUUCUCUUUGCCAUGGCCCGGGAUGGACUGCUCUUCAGACCUCUCAGUAACAUGAGUGACAGACAAAGUCCUGUCAUUGCUACACUGGCUUCAGGGGUCGUAGCAGCUAUCAUGGCUUUAUUGUUUGACCUGAAGUCGUUGGUUGACAUGAUGUCGAUUGGAACCCUGUUUGCCUACACACUUGUUGCCAUUUGCAUUCUCAUAUUAAGGUAUCAAACUGACCUCAGUGAUGAUUCUAGUCUAAGCAAAGCAGAACCUUUUACCAUUGGAGGGAUAUUAUGUCCUCCAUACCAAGCCACUACAAGGACAUCAAAAAAUGUGUCCCUUUUAACUUUUGUUAUUAUCUUUUUAGCAGUUGUUCUCAGCGUCUUCGUAUCUGAGGCUGUAGAUUACCUGCAAGCCCUGGAGUGGUGGAGCAUACUUUGUCUUUCUGUGAUAGUAGCAAUGAUUUUUCUAAUCAUCCUCAUCGUCUGGAGGCAACCGCAGAAUACAGCAGAAGCUGCUUUCAUGGUUCCUUUUGUCCCAUUACUUCCUAUUUUUAGUACCUUUGUCAAUGUCCAUCUAAUGGCUCAGCUUGGAUCAGACACUUGGAUCCGCUAUACAGUGUGGAUGGGAGUAGGUUUGAUCAUCUACUUUUGUUAUGGUGUUCGCCACAGUGUGCAGAAACAAAGGCUUGAAAAUUCACACGAUCGAGUCAGUAUUCACAGCAUCGCUGCUGCUAUGGAGCAAAGCACGAAACCCGGACAAGACGUAACUGGAUAA